AAAACUUUCCUCAUCGCUCUUUCCUCUUCUUCACUUUUUCUUACCCUCUAAGUCUUCUGUCCUUCAUCUUCCAAUCCUUUUCAAAUUCUGCAACAUCUAUAACAUCCAAAACGAAGCUUUCCUCUGUAAUUUCAAUGGCCGAUAAUACAGUCUCCUACACCCCCAAACCACAAAUCUUAAGCUCACAAACCAAACCAAACCAAGCAAACCCAACUCCUGAAUUUAUCAACCAAACUCUUCACACCAGUAGUUGGGAGCUUCUUCAGCUUAUUUUUGUAGGUAUUGCUGUCUCUUAUGGCCUUUUUAGUAAGCGAAAUGAUGAAACAGAUAAAGAACAUGGCUCAAAAUUGGAUAAUGCUCAUUCAUUUGUAUCCAGAUUGCUUCAGGUUUCAUCAGUUUUUGAUGAUGAAUCCGAAAACCCAUCUGGGUUUGAUGACAACAGGGUUCAAACUUGGAGUUCUCAGUACUUGAGAGGUGAACCAGUGGUGGUAGUAGCCCAAGAGAGCCCUUUCCUUGAAGAGCAGAGAAGUUCGAGUUCUCGAAUCGGUGAAAAGCCAUUGCUUUUGCCUGUUCGAAGCUUGAAAUCUCGUGUUUCCGACUCUGAUACUAGUGAAUCAACCAAUGACUCUAGUGGUAAAUCCUUUUCUCUCAGUGAGUCUAGUUCAAAUUCGAGUUCCAGGCGUUUCUCUGGCAAUUCGAAGAAAUCGAGAAAUGGGGAAUUUGGAGUCACGAGUCCUCCAGAUUUGGAGGAAAAUGUUGUCCUUCGUUCGCCAAUUCCAUGGCGAUCAAGAUCAGGAAGGAUGGAAAUGAAAGAAGACGGGGAUAAUCCUCCCCUGUAUUCUCUCCCUCCUUCAAUGGAGGACUCUGAGUUCCAUGAACUUAGAUCACGUUCGUUUAGUUCUCGAUCAUCACGUUCAUCGAGACCCAAUUCCAUUUCUGGAUUGCCAAACAGUUUCUCUUCUUCACCGCUCUUAUCUUCCCCUAAAAAUCUCUCUCCUUCCUCUUCAAUCUCAUCGGAGAUUCAACCCAAGAAUGUCGAAAAUUUGGUGAGGAAGAAGAGAAUCCUCCAAUCUUCACCGCCACCAGCUCCACCACCACCUACGCCGCCAUUUCUUCAUAAAUCUUCAUUGAUGAACUCAAAUUCUAGUGAGGAAAGUGAUGUUAUUUCCUCUGAAAAAGAAUUGAGGCGAAGUGUACCUACGGAUUUUAAUAGGAGUAACAGAUUUGAAGCCCUGAGCAGGGCAAGUUCAGGGUCACAAUCGAGAUCUAGAACCCAAAUUAAUACUCCAUUGGAGGGGAAGUCUGUUCGAAAAAAUAAACCAAACGAACAAUUAGAGAGUGAAUUUGGUGAAGAUUUCAUGAAUGGCAAAGCAGAGAGAAGAUCAAAGGAACUUGAAUCAAAUUCCUUUCACAAAAGAGGAUAUUCAGAUAGAUUGAUGCAAGAAUACAUCCCUGCUGUCUUGCAUCAAUCUUACAUGGAAUUGCCAAAGGCGGAGAAGAAACAAUUCAUCGAAAAGGUGAUGGUGGAAACUGAUGAUGGGGACUCGUUGAGUGAGGAUGAAUACUUUGAAGGAAGUUUAGACAGUGAAGAAGUUACAUCUAACAGUGUUGAUAGUGAAGAAGUUGCAUCUAACAGUGUUGGCGAUGGCGGACCAGAUGUUGACAAGAAGGCUGAUGAGUUCAUAGCCAAAUUCAGAGAGCAGAUUAGGCUUCAGAGGAUUGAAUCAAUAAGGAGAUCAACUGGACACCAUUCUAAAAACUCUUUGAGGUAA